AUGGCGACUACCAGAGACGAAGUUACCACCACCGAGGCAAAUACCAUUGAACCCAACAGAAAUGACGUCGAAAUUGCAGAUAUAGUCGCUCUCUGCGCUUGGAACUUUUCAGAAGCCAUCAUAGAUCUGAGGAAAUGUGAAGAAGGGGAAUAUUUUUCUAAAAUACGACGUUAUAAGGAAAGCUUUGACCACUGGAAGAGAAGUCUCUGCGUUUACGAUGAAGGUUACGAAGGUCUUGGCCAGCGCCUGAAGCGCCAGCCAAAUUUUCGCUUGUCAUUUGAGCGAGAAUUAGACAUGCUCAACAAGAAUUUGCAUUCAAGUUUAGCCGCGGCUAGGCCAGCGCUUCAAAUUUGCGCUGAGAUGUACCUGGAAGGUAGUAUGACGUAUAUUGUGUUUCGUGAGAGGUUCAAAGCCAAAGCGGCAAGGGCUCUCUUCGAUCUCUAUCCAGGCAUCUCGAGGUCAUUUCUGCACCGCCUUCAAGGGUCAAUGGGGGCACAAUACACGAGAUUGCUCUACUGGAAAACACACGCCAGUCCAAUGCAGCAAAGCUCUCUUUGCACGUCCAACACCGAGCCACAGCAAAACAGGCAGUCAAUAGAAGGCAGCACUCCGACCUUUGUACAAUUCGAUGAGAGUGUGGCGUGUUUUCCUGAUCCUCCAAAAUUUGAGGGCGAAGAAGUUACAAAGCGCUGCCCCAUUUGCAGAGAGGUGUUCUCAAAAUCUGACUUUGCCAAUGUCUCUUGGUGGAGGCGCCAUGUGAACCAGGAUCUAUUGCCAUUUGUCUGUAUGUCGCCUGGGUGUUCGGAUUUCCCUUGUUACGCCACGCGAUCUGAGUGGGCCGCCCAUAUGAAUGCUGCUCACGGCGACUUGUUGCUGGAGAUGGAGCUCGUAUCGAAUGGUGGAAGUCCAGCACCGAAUCAUCAUCCACCUCUAAAGACUUGUCUUAUUUGUGCACCCAAAAAGACGAGAGGUUCGCGCAGUGAUUGUAGUGAUCCGCAGGUAGCGGUAGCUGCUGAGAAGUUGCAAGAAAACUUGCUGGCAAAUGGCCAUGAAUUGAAAAAUCUAAAUUACGGUGCGAUGCUGAGCCACAUCGCUGAUCACUUGCAAACUUUGGGCCUCCUCGCUCUGGAAAUGUCAAAGACUGCAUUAUCAGCUAAAGAAAAGCAAAAGAUCAUUGCUCAAACAACAUCAAAGAGCUAUGACGAUGAUGCUGAAGGUUUGGGACAAAACUCUCCGGAGCAAAUUUUAGCAGACGUUCUUUCUCAUCGAGACGAGAGCAUAAAGGAAUCCAUAGCUACUACCAUGGGAGUCCAUUUGAUCACCGGAGACGCAGGAUUGGAACGGAAGGCUACAUUGUGGCAAGUGUUUGAAGACGAAGAUAUUUCGCUCGACAAGGUGCAGCAAAUGCGCCUCACAUAUGACAAUCUCUUGGGAAGGGCCUUGGACAUUCAUGCAUGUGGUAACCUUGAUCUACCCCCCAAGGCGUCGGCUGCUUUGGCUCGAAUGGAAGGUCAAGUUCCGCGCAGAAUUGGCGAGCCCGACACUUUCACACGAAACGACUUGUAUGACUUCUUCGAUGGUUUAUUUUCCACUGUACACUGUGACGAAGAAGACACGAUAGUUGACUACUGCACCAAUCAAGUUCAGACGGCUCGCCGGUAUCAUGACAAAAGGCAACCAGCAGGAGAGUCAUUUGCUUCCAGACGAAAGAUCUUUUCUAUUCUGGUGAUUCACAAAUCUCCAAAAGCCAUUCUAGGCUUUAUUAAAGAGGGAAUCACAGACUUUCACAUUCCUAUAUCUGAAGAUACCUUGAGGCAAAAAUUUCCCACGUGGGCUGAUGGUUUUAUCGACUCCUUCUUGAUGAUUCAAAGCCAAUACCUUUUCAUAGUUCCGUGUGCCGAGAACAUUUCGAGGUUCGAUCAGUACGCGAUUGCUUGGAUUUGUGAUACAUCGACACAAUACUUGGCCGCCAGGACCUUUCUCGACGAGGAGCAUUCCCUCCCAGAAGUCGGCCUUGGUGGCGGCAUGCCAAGUUCGAAGCAUGACAUCCGCCUGGGAGAUGUUGUCGUUGGCGCUACACAAAAAGGGCAGAGCAGUGUGUUCCGAUACAAUUUUGACGAAACGGUCCAAAAGAGAAGCUUCCAAAACAUCAAGUUUAUGAAUCCACUUCCUUGGCUCUUGCAGAAGGCUGUGGAGAGCCUCAAUACAACGGACAAGGACUGCUCCAGUUCACCAUACGAUGCCAACUUGUACAAGUGGGCGGGCGAAGUUUUCCAAGGGACCAUUAAACGGCGGCUUCAAUAUUUCCCUGGAUUUCUCAGAAAAUUCGAACGUCCCGACUCACGUACUGACAAGGUCUUCUUCCCUGGCCUCAACAAGUACUUGCCCCCGCGUACAGAGCUGCUGUGUCAAGAUGAUCAACUUAUUGAAGAGCCCCCGAGAGUCCACUAUGGUCUAAUUGCCUCUAGCGAUGGACAAAUCAAGGAUUACGAGACCCGACAUGUCCUUUUACGUGACAAGGACGUCUUGUGCUUUGACAAGGAGGCAGCAGGAUUAAUUGAUCACCCGUGUCUAGUAAUUCGUGGCAUCUGCCAGUACUUGGACUCUGACUCUGAACCUGAGACGACUCGGAAGAUCUGGCAAGACUACUCAGCUAUAACCGCGGCGACUUAUGCAAAUGAGAUUUUGAAAGCCCUUGCUACCAUCGAAAUUAGAGCCCAGGCCGAGAUAUAUGAUUUCAUCAAUGAGAUGGACCUGCACGAAUCAUCUGUCGGCAACCCAAGGCUAGCAUUGUCAGCCAACUUCGCGAUUACCGCAAUAGCAUUCUUAGCUGGCUCUCGGGCGCUGAAAAAAUGA